GUUUCGAGCUAGUGGUUGACGAGACGUUGUUGAAGCAGAUUGUUUCGUAAUUCGCAGUCAGAGGAAUGUUAUGACGUGCAGUAACUGUCUUUGUUUGAAUAACAUUCGUUUUAAACUUUACUCGAAAAUCAUAGAAUAAUGUGAUAGAUAGAGCUCGAUAAUAUGCUAGCAAUCGCUUUUAUUGCGACACGAGUUUUUCCAAAGUAUGAUCGUUUCAAUAGAAGUUAUUAGUAUAGUUAGGCUUUGGUAUUGGUUAAGUUGUGUGAAUAUUGUGCCAAUAAUGAGAUAGUGGAGUGCUGUGAUGUGGUUGUGGGACAUGUGGGGGGUGCUGUGGGCCGUGGAAGCGGUGGCGCAACUGGCUGGUGUGCUGGCGACGCCACUGGAUCCCGCGCCAACGAUCCCGCAAGGGUUGUCACUGUCACCGUUCGUGCGGUACUGGCAACCGGCGGCGUACGCGCAUGUGGGCGGCCAUCGGCUCCGGCGCGCCGCACUGCCGCCGCCCGAGCCCCCGCCACCACCUUUGCGACUCUCCUUCCACGCUCACAACAGGGAGUUCAAGUUGGUUCUCAGACCAGACCCCAGCUCAGUGUUCGCAGACGGCGUCCAGUUCCAUUCCACAGCCGGACAAGUGGACUUUAACCCUGCCAAAGUUUACUCUGGGAAGCUGGAAGAUGAUGAAUUGUCUCACGUCUAUGGCGUCAUCACAGCGGAGGGUCUAUUCGAUGGAACAAUUUGGACUCCUACAGAAGAGUAUUAUGUGGAACCGAUAUCUCGAUAUAACAUAGACCAUCCCUCUAUGCACAGCGUUGUAUACCGAAGGUCAGAUGUCGAGCACCCACAUGAUACGAAUGAAGGGGCACCGUGCGCAUCACAUCUACUCCAUAUGAAAAGAACUUUAGGUCAAGAAGUUGAAUUAUUUAGCUCUGCCGAUCAACGAAACGUAAAAGACUCACCUUUAACCAAUUUUACUGAAGAUCUCCGAAGCGAAAUACAUAGACGAAAAAAACGAUGGCUCCCUGAAGAUGAAAUGCAAGACGACGAGCCAAAGAAGAAUCCAGAAUUACCUUUAGACUUAGACUUUCCAUACACUAGCAACAAUGAGCCGGUUGAUAAGUUAAGCACUAGAAAACCUAAAACCAAAAUCGAUAAAAGUAACCUCAUAACUAAGGUGCGACUCGAUUCGGAAGAAUCGAGACCAAAGCCAAAGACGCACGUUGAAGUGAUAAAAACGAAAGCAGGAGUUGUAGCUGUUAAUAAGGAUAUAGUCAAAAAGGAGCCAGUAGGGUACACUGUGUUGUCGGCUAACGCGAGUGACGACGGUCGACAUGUGAACAAAAGAGCGACAGUAGAUCCGAGGAAAACUACGUGCCUCGUAUACUUGCAGGCCGAUCAUAUGUUCUACCAACGAUACGGCUCCGAGGAGGCGUGUAUCGAAGUCAUGACGCGACACGUUCAGAAAGUUAACGCAAUAUACAAAGUGACAGACUUCAAUCAGGAUGGAAAGCCAGACAACAUCACGUUUAUGAUCAAAAGAAUAAAGGUCCACACAUUAGACGCAUUGAAAGAUCCUGCGUAUAGGUUUCCUAACAACUACGGAGUAGAAAAAUAUUUGGAGCUUUUCUCAGAGGAAGACUACGAUGCAUUCUGUUUGGCGUACAUGUUUACGUACCGAGAUUUUGAAAUGGGUACUCUUGGACUGGCUUGGACUGGUGAUUUGAAAAAUGCCGGUGGUGUUUGCGAGAAAAAUGGGCAUUAUCGUGGUAGCAUGAAAUCGCUGAACACGGGUAUAGUGACGCUACUGAACUACGGCAAGCACGUGCCGCCGGCUGUCAGCCACGUCACGCUCGCACACGAGAUCGGACACAACUUCGGAUCACCGCACGACCCUGAGGUGUGCACCCCUUUCGGUGAGGACGGCAACUACAUAAUGUUCGCGCGAGCAACCAGUGGCGAUAGGAAAAACAAUAACAAAUUCUCACCGUGCUCUCUCAGAGCUAUCGACCCAGUGCUCAACAACAAAGCUAGGUCACCUAAGGGAUGCUUUACUGAGCCUCAGCCAGCGAUUUGCGGUAACGGCGUGGUGGAAGAAGGAGAGGAAUGCGACUGUGGAUGGGCGUCAGAGUGCACCGAUGUGUGCUGCCGCCCUCAAGCCGCGAGGCCGCACUACAAGCCGUGUACCCUCACCGAACAUAGUGUGUGCAGCCCUAGUCAGGGUCCAUGCUGCACAGCGUCGUGUACGCUGAAGUUCGGUGACAAGUGUCGGUCUGACAAUGGGUGUCGUGACGCCGCCUUCUGCGACGGCAAGCGUGCCAACUGCCCCGCCAGCCGACACAAGCCCAAUAGGACGCGGUGCGAUAAGGAACUCGUCUGUUAUAUGGGAGAAUGCACGGGAUCCAUCUGCCUUGCGUAUGGACUGGAGUCAUGUCAGUGCGCACCUCGGAAAGACGACCCGAGGUCAGCGUGUGAGCUGUGCUGCCGCAAGCCGGGCGGCGUCUGCAUGUCCUCCUUCGAAUGGAACACUGCGCCGUAUGACGUACCUGAUAUGUACGCGAAGCCUGGCACGCCCUGCAACGACUAUAACGGGUACUGUGACGUGUUCCAACGCUGCCGCGAGGUGGACCCGUCAGGCCCGCUGGCGACGCUGCGCAAGCUGCUGCUGUCGGACGAAAGUAUCGCCGGCUUCAAGCGGUGGGUGCUCAAGCACUGGUACGCGGUACUACUCAUAUUGCUCGCAGUCAUCGCGCUCUUGGUGGCAAGUACGCGUUUCUUAGGCCGCCACGGCAAGAAACUGAAGUCUGUGACCAUCAUCCACUCCUCCACCACUGAAACCGUCCGCCUGCCUGACGCUGCUGACCAGGGGCUGAUCGUUCACACCGCUGUCAGGUCGAAACUACCUCUUAAGAAGAAAGUAGCUCUUCGAACCCGAGCUUACCGCAACAAGAAAGAUCACAAGAAGUCAGGAGAUAAAGCUUCUCCGAUGCACAGUGCCAAUAAGAAGAGGAAGCCGAAUAGUCAAGCAAAGUUAGAAGAUGUUCCUAAAGUAGCGAAAGAAAACACAGUGAUCGUCACAAAUGCCGAAGGCAAAUCCCCCAAACAUGUUAUACUUUCCAAACACAAAGGUAAAGUCAAGAAACGAAAGUCCAAAAUGAAGAAAGAAAUCAUAGACUACAGCUCCAUGCAGAAACACCCCUCCUCGCCAAUCAAAGACACCGAAGCUUUGAGUAAGGUGCAAAGAUGGCUGCUAAGUUCACCGCAGCCCACUGCCAUACCUAAAUCCAAAUCUAUACCUCUAGGUCUCACUGAGAGAACACACCGACAAGUACAGAAGGGUUCGAGGAAAACCAGACCGUCCAAGAGCGCCACCAACUUGUUGUCCGGCGAGAAAGCAAGGCUGCAAGUCGUGUUCAAACCUCCAUUUAGGUUCAGUGUGAAAAUAUGUAAGAGUGAUAAAACAAAAGUCGUCCUAGACAAAUCGUCGAAGCCCGACGUGGACAGGAAACGACACGAAGUGGUGCCACAACAAGCUCCUGCAGACGUCGCGAAGGCCAGUCCAUCCAGUAAAGCACCCAAACCUUCUAACUCCAUGAGAAUUGCAGACACCGCUGCAACUGCUAGUGCUCCAAAGUUAGAAAAGUUACAAAGUCAAGAAAACAAAACCCAUGAUUAUGCUAAUUUACUACCUCGAAGUGCCAGUGACUGUAAGCUAACGAAAAAAAUACCAGAUGUCAAAGUUAAUAAUGGACAUAAAAAGAGUAAUUCCGUAGGCCAAAAGAAAGAAACCACUGAAAGCCGCCAGAAUCUUAUAACACAAGAAGAUGGCGAAAACGCUCACGUUUAUGAAAAUGUGAUGUUGACACAAGACGCUUUCGUUCCUAAGAGUUGCAGCAUGCCGCGGCGACAAAACAGUGCCGGUGUUGGUAUAGCUCGACAAAGCAGCUAUGGCCAUUUACCUAGAGCUCAAAUCCGCCCACAUAGACAUAGUACAAACAAUUUAAGCAGAUCCAGAAACAGCAGCACUUCUGAGCUGGAACACUUCUACAACGUUAUCGAAUCGCUACGACGAAACAACGCCAACGAUGCGAACACGUGUAAUACGAAUACAAGUAGUUCAUCGGGAAGUAGCCGACACGACAGCGCGCUACUCAAACACAGUUCGAAUUCUAGACACGGAGGAAGCAAAACUUCACGUCAGAACAGUCUAGUCGAUAAGCCAGCGCGGUCCAGUCCGACUGAGUCUUCAAAACUUAAGAGACAGCUUAGUGAAGCUGAGUUGGCCAAAUCACACGGUGACAGUGGCCUGAGGGGCUUCCAGCUGGUCGUGGGGAAAGAUAAGUUAAAACGACAGUUAAGUGAUAAUGAAUUGUGUAAAUCUCGAGUGCAGUUGGCGAUGCCGAUGUCGGCUGGGGCGGAGCCGCGGCAGGCGUUCUGCUGGAACAAGCGAGCCAGCCUCGACUGCGAGGCGUCGCUGCCGGCCGGGCCCCGCGUCUCCAACUCUAGGAAUAAGAAACGAACGACAUACACAUUCGGUGAACUGAAAAACACCGUGCCUAACGCGACGGACACAUCGCCCCCCGAAGACGUCCACAUCUCCCCCGAGGAGUUUUUAAAGAUAAUUGAUAAUUAAGUAUUACUGGGGACUCAUAAGCGUAUUGUAACCAUAAGUGGUUAUUUAAAAUAUGAACAAACAGUUAACGUGUAUAUUAGAUACCUAUUCGCAAGAUGUACUAUUGUCGGCUGGUGUAAAUAUUGUAAUUUGCUUUUAAUAUUAGUACUAAUGUAACCUGCCACUGAAACAGACCAUUGCUCAGUUUGUCUCCGUCACCGUACAUAAACACACAAUAGGUACAAUAAUAAGUACACACGUAAAUAAUAAUACUCUUCAGAACAACAAGUACAUUUAAGUUAAUAUUUAGGGACAGUAUUUAAUACGCCAUUUGAUCUUUAUUUCUAACUUUUAUAAUUUUGUCUAUGUAUACGUAAAUAUGGCGUAGUAGUACUUACAACUGGCAAUGAUCUAGUUUCACUGAACGAUCUCUAUAAAAUGAAUCUCUAUUUUUUCUACAUGCUAUGUAUUGUACAAAUUUACUCAAACCUAUGUAAAGUGUUCAUAUAAGAUUAUUUAAUUACUUUACAUAAUUUCUUUUAUUAUUAUUUUAUAUCUACCUACUUGUGUACAAAUUUUAUUUUUUUUCAAUUUGAUUCCAUUUAUAUAGCUGUCAAUUAGCAAGUCAAUCUGUCAACUUUAUAGUUAUACUUAUUAAGGAAAUUUGCCUGUACCCAUACCAUAUUGUUAAUCAAGGAUACAAAUUAAUUAUAAUUUAUUAAUCAAGGCUGACAUAGGGUUCUAUUUGCUAUACUAUUCGAAAUUGCAUCUGUGAACAAAAAAUACAUAGUAAAUGAAAAAUAUUACUUUAAAUUACUCGUAUAACUACAUAUAUAUCGCCUUUUUUAUUUUCUUCACCUGAACGUGAUAGAAUCCUAUGAAAACCUGUUGUAUAAAACAAUAAAACGAACGUAAAAUGAUUUAAUUAAUAAAAAUAUUUUUCUAUACGUAUUGGAUUUAGUGGAACUAAUUACUAACAGACUCGUACGUAAGCGAACUCAUGGCUGUAACUUUCUUUACACUUUUUGUUCUGCAAUAUCUGGGAUGGAAUGUAAUUUUGUUAAUUCAUGUAUUAGUAUGACAAUAUUGUAGUGCAUAAUGUAAGUAAUUAAUAACUCUUUGAAAUAUUGUAAUAAUUGUAUAAUGCUGUCUAGUUGUUAGGUACAAAAUUGAUUUUUUUAAGUUCCCGCCUAAAUUAGGUGUUGUGAUAAAUUAAUUUUGUCUAUGAUUAUUUUAUCCAAAGAAUGUUGCACGUGUUAAAUAAUAUUAGGAUGAAAUAAUAGGUCUGAAUAUUGCCAUAUUAUUUAACCGAAACUUUAUCAUAAAUAGUUGCAAAAAUUAGUGAAACAACAUUUGUUUGAAAAGAGAGAUUAUGAAGACUUCUUUUCUAUCACCUGAUUUGUAUUCACUGUUUUAUUGCAAUUCAAUAAUAUGUUGAGCUAUUAAAGUUUCACUUUACACAUUACAACGACUUAUCAGGUAGAUUCCAUAUCUGACCCAGCAAAACCCUUAUUAUGUUGAUAAAGACAUGUACUUUAUUAUAUUUGGUGCAGAAAAAGUGCAUGGAUCUUGUAUAUAUGAUAGCUGGUUUUAUUUCUAUCUCAGAUAUUAAUCAAAAUGUGUUCCAGUAUUUUCGUGAGUCGUGCGAAAGCUUUGCGGCUGUGGCACAGCGUUUAUGAGCUUCGACGUAGGGAGGUAAGGGUAAAACGUAAAAGCUAUUGUAUUGUAUAGGAACUGAUUUCUAAGAAGAUCCUAAGGUAUUGGAAAUGUUACAAAUUUGUAUUUUAUAAAAAUACUUAUGUGGAUAAUGUGAAGAUAGGAUAAGCAACUGGCCACAUCUGCUGGGUUAUUACCUGAAGCUUACGCCUAUAUAUUCGCAGUUAUCCAUGCCUAUAUAAGAAUCUAUUCGUCUUGAGUGAGUUUGUUUUAUCUUGUCUAAGUCUAUUAACUCUUCCUUAGUAAAAAGUUCGAUUUAAGUACAUGUUAAUUGUGAAUUUGAUAUUAUAUAAUUAAAUGUGACUAGAAUCUAUACUUCUAUUUAAUGGUUUUAUAGUUGGUAAACUUCCCAUAAUGACAAAUUGUAUUCUAAUUAACUAUCUUUACGUUACUUAUAAUACAGAACUUUGUGAUGUUAUCUGAUAUUUACGCAUCUGACUACAAUCUCACUGUAUUUGUUCCAAGUGCCUUAUGAACAAAUCAUUACAUUCCUAAUUACAUUCCAAAUUUCAAACCUAUUCUAAGUUUUUAUUUGUUUUUCCAGUGUGUUAUGGUGAUUGUUUUAUAAUUUAACUACUUUAAUAAUUAUAAUGACCUGAUUGUAACAAAAGUGGCAAAGUUGUAAUAAGAAUCAUAAUACCUAAUACCUACAAUUAAAAUUGUUUGAGUACUUAAUUAGUCUGUGAUGUACCUACGUUUAUUACAAUCUAUCUUAUCUUAUCUUAUCUUAUCUCUGACUGUACCUAAGUUAUUAUAUUGCAAACUAUUAAUUUAGGAUAACUUCUUAUUUACCGUGAACAUUAUUUAAAUUAUCCAUUAUGAAUACAAAUUUGUAAUAAAUUCAUUUUCUAACAUUUUACUAUUUUUUUCUGCAUUUUUAAUGGAUUAAAAAGACUCCAACAAUA